GCCAUUCUCGAUCAGUCAUCCGCGAUGCAACGCGCCGUUGCGUAAGCCCGCUCGAUUAUGCCGGCGAGGAGUGGAUGCUCGGCUGGGCGAGCGCGGAAUUACCCGGGACGAGAGUGGCGAUUUCGCGAGAAACUGCUGCUACUUUAUUAAUUCGCUCGUUUGCGAGAGUGGAGCGCGCGGAAAAUCCCGGGAGAUUGCGUUCCGCAAGCUUUGAUGGAUCGCGUUGGAUAAUUGCUUUCGCAACUCGAGGACGGCUUGGUGAAUUUUGAGAUAACCGUUUUUUUUAUUCUCUCUCUAUUUUUCCUUCUUUUGAUUAAAGAACGAUAAGAAUUUCUCCCGCCGCGUCGAAGGCGCAAAUAAUCCUUUCGAGAAACCGACUUCCCGGUAUCGGAAUUUAUCUGAUUUCUGACGGGGGAACUCGAGAUUGCGCUCUCUCGCGGGUCUUAGAUUACACGAUAAUCGAUUUCUGCAAUGUCACGAAGUAGCGAAGACGACGAGAGAGAUCCCUCACGAUAGGUCUGAAAUAUUGCGCGACCCGGGCGAAGUUUUGAAGACAGCGAAGUCAAAAUCGAGUCGCGUUCGCGCCGUGACCGAGCAUCUUCUUAUCGCCGCCGGCGGAAACGUGACCGUCGCGCCGCAGCUCUUCGAAAUUUGGCGCUCUGACACGCACCGCCAUGCGAGAAUGCCGCGCGAUGGCCACGUGGAAGAGAAACUUUCGGGCCUGUACACUCCGUGUCGCGAUAUCUACCUGUCGUUCAUAGCGGCCUGCGCGUGGUAGGACUGCGGUUCCUGGCAGCAAGUCAUAUCGGUCACACGGUUUUUCCAAUAUUUUCAUGUUUACGCACUGAGAAAAAAACGUUUGGUUUAGUCGGGAUUAUAAUUGGACAAUGAAGUAAUUGUAGUCGGGAAACCCAUUUCCGCGAGCUUCUCAAGAGAGAGAGAGAGAGAGACAGAGAGAGAAAGCAACGUGUGCUAAAUGGACAGGCUAUAAUUAGCUCUUGUUUUCGCCGACGAUGAUUGUGAGAAGUGUCGCCUGUUUGAAGAAACGCCUAAUCGCGAGAAAAUUCUCGCGGAGCACAAAGGACACCUGGGAUCAUGUCUUGCGGAACAGUCACGGGGCAUCGCUUAAAGGACUCACAGAGAGCCGACGAGACGUGGUGAGGACGAUCCUGAACAAUACCGAGGUAUCUCACGACCACAUGACUCCGGAACUGAAGUUAUUCCUGUUGACGGAGAAUUGUCCUCUGUAUCGUGAGCCCUUUCUCGACAAAGAUGGCGAUAGGAGACUUGACUCCUUGACGAGGACCACAUUCCAGGAUCCGUUCUGGUCCAUAUACUGGCCCGGUGGACAAGUGCUCGGGAGAUUCAUCCUGGACGAGAGAGAACGGAUUUUUGGACGUAGGGGUGCGAAGGGUGGUGCUCUAAGGAUACUGGAUCUGGGCGCAGGAUGCGGCGCCGCGGCGAUAGCCGCGAAAUCGAUCGGGCCGUGGCAAGUGGUCGCGAAUGACAUCAACGAAGUCGCCUGCGUAGCUAUCGCGAUGAACGCCAUGCUAAAUGACGUGGAUAUCGAAGUGUCGUGGGAGAACCUGCUGAAAAGACCACCGGAAGACCUGUACGACAUGAUCUUCGUUGGCGAUCUGCUGUACGAUGAGGAAAUAACGAACAUCCUAAUUACGUGGUUGGAAAACGCGCACGCACGAGGUGCGCGAAUUUACCUGGGAGACCCAGGAAGGCACGGCUUAACCGAGAAUCUCAAGAAACGAUUGAGAUUGUUGCGACGAUAUUCCUUGCCGGAGAACGUUAAGAGAGAGAAUCAUGGUUACGACACGGCCACCGUGUGGGAGUUUGCGGCCGGAACAAAGUGACCGAAAUAGCUACACUUAUACACGUAGCUAUGUUAUCGAGGAAAAUUGCAUUUUGUACGUACCACUAAUACCAACAUUUCUUGAAUGACAAAUUCAAGUGAUUGAAAAUAAUUGGCGUGAUUGAAAAUAAUUGGCAAUGAGAGAAACUUGGACACGAUUUUUCUGCGAAGCUUCAGUGAAAUUGAUUUACUUUUUUUUUUAAUUCAAUUUUUAACCUUUUUAAAUAAUUUAUUUUUUGGCAAUGUAUUUUUUUAAUAAUUGUUCCGAGAAACACUCGUGUUCAUUUUCAUCAUAUAUUCGCUCGUUUAUUAAUUUUCGAAAAAAAUAUAUAUGUAUACGCAGCGUUAAAUUUCAAACGUAACAGGCCGAAUAUCUCGAAAACUAAAUGAAAUAUCAAGGUUCGGUUUUUUUAGAUUGUAUUGUUUGGAGAAGGACAAAUUUUGAUGAAAAGAAUUUGACUUCUAAGAUUUGACUUCUAAGACAUUUUUUCUUAUUUGAAAAUUUAUUAAUAAAGUUUAUUUCUUCUUUGUUCUUUGAAAGUAUAUUUUUUUCUCUUCUGAAUACUUUUUUCUGUGAUUUAAUCUUCAGUUGCCUCGGAUGUGUAGUCAUUGAAUUCGUCAUGAGAAGAAUUACAAACAUAGAUGUUUAAAAAAUUAGAGUUCCAUUUAAAAAAAUUAAUUUGACUAACUCACUUUUACGCCUCCAUUCAAAUUCUUUUCAAAAUUCGUUCCCCUUCAAACGAUCUAAAAAAAACCUCAUCUCGAUAUUUCAUUUCAUUUCCGAGAUAAUCGGCCUGUUAUGUUUAAAAUUUAACAUCCUAUAUAUAAUACGUUCAGAAUAUAAAAUAUUUCAUCCCGACAUAAUAAAUAUUUCUUUAUGGCAAAACAAACGAUAUACCCAAAUCUUACUUAAAUUUAAACAACUCGCUCGAUCGUAGAAUCCAUCAUUAUGAGAGCUGCAUAAUAUUCGUAAAUAAUGUGCACAUAUAUCUGUCUAAGCAACGCACGUUCAUCAGCGUAUUGACGUAAUCGCGUGAAAAUCGUAACGACAAUUGUGAUUGGCCACGUGU